UAUAAAAGCCGCUGCAAUCGCCAGUUCAUGUCACAUAGAUUGUUCUGCUGGUUUCUUUCAACAGUUGACAUCACUCGCUGCAAAUCUCUCAUCAUGAGUUUCAAGGUAUUGAGCAUCUUGGCGUUGGUCGUCCUGGUCGGCGUCCUCGCAACGGCCGCACCAUCAGAGCCAUCAGCAGCCGCAGCCGCAGCCGUAGCGGAAAAAGUGAGAAAAAUGGCCGACAUGAUCCCAACCGAAGAAUUCCUAGCUUUUGGCGUAUGGUUGAAGAAUAAGAACUCUAAGGCCUUUAUGGAAGCUCUUCAGCAACUCAGUGUUGCUUAUCGUGCGGAAGUCGACGAGGUCAACAAAGGUGAGCCCACUAUUGCAGUCGGGCCGAUCCUCACCGCCGGCGUCGAAUAAUCAGUGCUGACAGUCUUAUAUUAAUCUGUUUUACUGUAUACUUUAUACUUUUAUUUCUUUCAAUAUAUAAUCAAUGAUUUGCAGCA